AUGAUUACUUUCCAUUACAUGAAUGGCAACAUUGAAUACAACUACAACUCAAUGCCACCGAUUGUCCACAAUUUGAAUGCCAAAGCCGUGGAUGUGUUUGACAAGUGGUCGACGGGAAGAAUGUCGCGAAUCCAAGUGUAUUGCAAUCCUUUCACCACAAUUGCGGCCAACGAUGAGCUCUUCAACAUCUCUGCUGUGAUCACUGAUCUAAGUCUGUCUCAGGUGUCUGUAGUCAUAAGACAUGGCGAUCGCGGACCUCUUCGUCCGACUCCGAAAUCGUGGUGUGAAUUGGGAGGACUCACACGAUAUGGUUGUGUCCAACACUUGACUUUAGGCUCACUAUUGGCCACAAUAUAUACCAAUCAAUUGAAUCUAAAGCCGCGACACAUGAAAGUGUGGACCACUCCAUACCCGCGCACAUAUCAAAGCGCUCUCGCGUUUGUCUACGGCUUUCUCAGACCAAAAACAGUCGUCGACUUCGAGACGUCGAUUGUCCACAAUUUGAAUGCCAAAGCCGUGGAUGUGUUUGACAAGUGGUCGACGGGAAGAAUGUCGCGAAUCCAAGUGUAUUGCAAUCCUUUCACCACAAUUGCGGCCAACGAUGAGCUCUUCAAUAUCUCUGUUGUGAUCACUGAUCUAAGUCUGUCUCAGGUGUCUGUAGUCAUAAGACAUGGCGAUCGCGGACCUCUUCGUCCGGUCCGUCACAUGUCAUCCAUAAACAGAAUUAAAUACUUGUCCAAAAAUUUUGCAAAGACUCCGAAAUCGUGGUGUGAAUUGGGAGGACUCACACGAUAUGGUUGUGUCCAACACUUGACUUUAGGCUCACUAUUGGCCACAAUAUAUAGCAAUCAAUUGAAUCUAAAGCCGCGACACAUGAAAGUGUGGACCACUCCAUACCCGCGCACAUAUCAAAGCGCUCUCGCGUUUGUCUACGGCUUUCUCAGACCAAAAACAGUCGUCGACUUCGAGACGUUUCCGCAAAUUAUGACCACAAUUGGCACACAUUUCUGUCAAACACCGCAGACUUCUCAGUAUUGUCUGAAAAGAUGCAAAAAAUUAGAUGUUUUGCAUAAAAUAAUGAAUGAGAAUAAGAAGCAACUCUUGUCAUCACAUCCGGCAGUCGUUCAACUUUUAUCUGAUUUGAAGUCAAUUAUAGCUCAGAAUUCAAACGAAACGCACGACAUAACUAUUGUUUCCAUCACAUCCGCCCUCAACUUCUUUGACGGCAAUCUCCCGCCGUAUGCCUCACGAGUCAUAUUCGAGACAUACAGACAUCUUCUUUUUAAAUAA